AUGGCCGAAUUUCCAAUCCUCGGCAUCGUUUACUUAGCGAUUCCCAUCUUUCUACUUGUCUUGACAUUGAAAAUCGCCUUUCGUCAAUGCAAGGCUCAAGGGGCUCACGAUCUCCCUCAGAAGGACAGUCCUAUCUUAUCAGAGCCGCCCGAAACUGUUCUUCAACAACAGAGCUACCAGAUCAAACCCCAAGCUCUGCACUCAGAAAACAGUCGUUGCCCACACGCACUAAAGCACGAGAUGCUCUAUAUCCGCAAGCAAACCCGCAUAAUUGAGCGCAAAGACGGUGAUGGAAAGAAUCUCAGCAGACGACAUGAAGCCCGGAUUGUGCCAAAUCAACGUCUGAAGCUGGCUUUUGGGCUUGAUAACAUCUUCACUACUCAAAAGGAGGUGGAUGGCUAUAAGUUCAAACAGCAGGCUAUCUCAGUAAUGAAGGAAGCUAUGAACUUGUCGAACACGGAAAAGCGAGAAGAUUGGUCAGAGCUGGUCAAGCACAUGAGAUCGACACUUCAGAAAGAAGAUAGCAGAAUCGAAGGAUCGAUAAAUCUGGCGAGUCUUGUGCAAUACGUCACCUUGAGUAUCUCGCUAAAAUACCUCUUCAACAUCUCGGACGCGACUCUGGCAGACAAUGUAACUGGAGUGAAAUUCAUUGCUAAGAGAAUCAACGAGUUAUGGGUACUCUCAAAGCAACAACCAGCGCCGAAAUGGGAGGACGAGAUGGAGAUGCACUAUCACCUAUUGGUAGUUACCGGUCGCGACUCACUGAACUCGUUCGAUAACCCCAUGAACCUGAUCCUCCCGGCGUACGACACCAUGUGGCGUGCUGUCUUCCGAGGCAUUCUCGAGAUCUAUUUCAGAGACCAGAGUGGCCACAACCCUAUCCUUUGGCAGUCGAUCUUGGCAACCUAUCUCUCGGAUCAGAGGCAAAGAAACUGGAAAUGGGAUGAUGAUGUCUUUCAGCUCUCUUGCCUCGAUAUCAUUAAAGAAGUUCUGCGCCUCUAUCCACCCACGCGUCGAAUUUACCGCCAAUAUCCAGGCCAGAAUAAGAUAAGCGCCGAUAUUGAGCAUAUGCAGCGGACUUUCACGCUGGCUGGAGACGAUCCCGAGAGCUUUCGUCCACAUCGCUGGGUACAGCUCAAGGAAAUUUUGGGACCGGGGAAGCUGAAAGACGUCGAGGAAUCGAUGGGAUUCAUGCCAUUUGCCUUGGUGUGUCCGGCUGGCGGCAGAGAGACAAAGGGUUUCGGCUGGAAGAUGAUCGCGCUAUUGAUUGCUGUAUUUAUGGAGAAAUUGAGGGAGCUUGAGGGUAAUUGGCGCUUGAGAUCAGAGAAAGAAGAUGAUAAUAUCCCUGAGCUCGGGAAGGCAAUGCGGUCAGGUCGGGACGAUUAUCUCAGCCUAGUGUAUGAGAAGACUGAGUCGGUGUUGGAGGCCGACGAGUAG